AUGCGUUUCUCACUCCUAAUCAGCGCCGCGGUGCUCACUGCUGCUGUCUCUGCUCAGAACAAUGGCCAGAACGGACAAAACGGCCAGAACGGUCAGAAUGGCCAGAAUGGUCAGAACGGUCAGAAUGGUGGGCAAAACAAUGGACAGAACAACGGCCAGAACAACGGCCAGAACAACGGUCAGAACAAUGGCCAGAAUGGAGGAGACGCCAAUGGAUUGACUCUUCUGGCGAAUGCCAUUCAGACUGGAUCUCAGUCAGAUGGAAGUGUCAAUGGACAACUGGAAGAUGGACAAUCGGCAUCCAAGACAUCUGACAACAACUUCAUCAACGUGUGUUCCGGCAAGACCUUGACCAACGGUCUUCAAGUCCAAGGAGGAUCUUGUAACGGCAUUCCUAUGGGAGAUAUCCCCGCCAAAGCAAAUAUGGUUUCUGGUGUCAUCACUUUCCCAGAGACUAAUGGAGAUGCUAUCGAACCAGAUACGACCUUCGAUAUCACUGUUCAGAUUGCCAACUUGGUGGCUGGUUCCUUCACCAACGCCGACACGACAUACUACGCCGGUCCUCAAUUCCUCGAAGGCGGAAAGAUCGUAGGCCACACUCACGUCACGGUCCAGGAUCUCGGAAACAGCUUGAACCCCAAGCAAGCACUUGAUGCCACCCAGUUCGCCUUCUUCAAAGGAAUCAACGAUGCCGGAGACGGAAAUGGUCUUCUCAAAGCUACUGUCACCGAUGGUCUCCCAGCUGGCAACUACCGUGUCUGCACCAUGUCUUCGGCCUCUAACCAUCAACCUGUUCUUAUGCCUGUCGCUCAACGUGGUACUCCUGAUGACUGCACCAAGUUCGUCGUCGCUGCUGGAGGCGGAAAUGCCAAUGCCAACAACGGUCAAAACAACGGUCAAAACAACGGUCAAAACAACGGUCAGAACAACGGUCAAAACAAUGGACAGAACAAUGGACAGAACAACGGGCAGAACGCAAACGCUGGACAGGAUGCCAACGCUGGUCAAGCCAAUAAUGGCCAACAAGGACAGCAGGGACAACAGCAAGGCCAGCAGGGACAACAAGGGCAACAACAGGGACAGCAAGGUCAACAAGGCCAAGCUCAACGAAACCGUAACAGAUCCCGUCGUCAAUUCCUCGCGAUCGAUCCCAGCCUCCGCCUCCGGCGCGCAAUCCACGCCUCCGACACCCUCCUCGUCAAACGCAUCCUUCAAUCCCACCCCUCCCUCCUCCAGAACCCCGACACCUCCCCCACCGGCCUCUCAAACAGUAAUCUCCAUCUCGCCUCCUCCCUCGGCCACACCUCCAUCGUCAGCCUCCUCCUCACCCUCUACUCCCCGCCGACAAACCCCCCAUCAACAAAACCCAAAGACCUUCCCUCCCUCAAAACCCUCCCCUUAAACGAAGAAUACCAAACCCCUCUCCACCUCGCCGCCGCAAACGGCCACACCGAGAUCGUCCACCUCCUAUGCACCGCCUGCCCAUCCUGCAUCAAGCGAGGCGACGUCCGAGGCCGCGACGCCCUCAUGCUAGCUAGCAAGGAAGGACACGACACCGUAGUUCAAAUCCUACUUACAUUCUCUCCAACGGGUCCGGAAACCUUGCUCGAGGGCGCAGACGUGGAUGGCAACACAGCGCUGCAUUUCGCGAGCAGUAAUGGGCAUUUGCUUGUGCUGAGGACGCUGCUUGCUGCGGGGGCGGACAGCGAGAAGAGGAACGCGUGGAGCUGGACGCCCGUGGCGUAUAGUGCGACGGUGCAGGCGGAGGUGUAUUUCAAGGGGCUGGUGGCGGAGGUGGAGAGGAGGAAGAUGGCGAGGAGGGAGGCGAAGGAGAAGGGUACGGGAGGGGCGGUGAGGAUUGUUAGUUUGGGGGAGGGGGAGGAGAUGUGAAAGGGAUAUGAAAGAGUCUAUCCUUGGAGGCUGCUGUGGCGAAGGGGUAGAAAUGAUGACGGUGGGUAAUAGAAUUGUAUACGAUGUACAAUGGACGAAAAUUGACGAUGGAAACGAUAUCUGCGAUCAAGGUGUUGGGAUUUUUGCUUAGAAAAUUGGUAGUAGGAGUUGGCCCUCAGGUUCACAGCGACUCUUGAGUGGUAGAGAAACAACCGAAACCCAGAAUAAACGAAGUAUCAGCAAAUGAAUUUCUCUUCUGA